CACUUCAUAAACGUGGGCUUUGCAACUAUGGCGGAAGUUCAGAAACGUCAGCAUGUGCGGGUUAAAGGAAAAGAUCACGUUAAACCUUUACCAAACAGGGAUAAGGGCACGGGGAUGGCGGACCAAUCGUUAACUGUGUUUUUAAAGCUUGUGGCUGCUGGAUUCUAUGGGCUGAGCUCGUUCAUUAUCGUGGUAGUGAAUAAAAGCGUCCUGACGAACUACAGGUUUCCAUCCUCAAUAUGUGUGGGCCUGGGUCAAAUGGUGGCCACAGUGGUUGUGCUGUGGGUGGGAAAGGCACUCGGGGUAAUCCACUUUCCAGAUUUUGAUACAAAUAUACCUCGAAAGAUCUUUCCUCUACCUCUUCUUUAUGUUGGGAACCAAAUCACAGGACUGUUUGGCACAAAAAGGCUCAACUUGCCCAUGUUCACAGUCCUAAGAAGAUUCUCCAUCCUUUUUACAAUGUUUGCUGAGGUCAUGUUAUUAAAAAAGAAGUUCUCCCGCCCAGUCCAGCUGACAGUAAUUGCAAUGAUAUUUGGAGCGUUUGUAGCUGCCAGCACUGAUCUUGCCUUUGAUCUCGAAGGAUAUGUGUUUAUCCUUUUGAAUGAUGUUCUGACGGCAGCAAACGGAGCAUAUGUGAAGCAAAAGCUCGACUCCAAGGAGCUGGGGAAGUACGGGCUUCUGUAUUACAAUGCCCUGUUUAUGAUUGUUCCAACACUGGUACUUGCUCAUUUAACUGGGGAUGUACAGAAGGCUAUGGAGUAUGACGGCUGGGCAGACACGGUGUUUGUCUUCCAGUUUGUUCUGUCAUGCGUAAUGGGGUUUGUUCUUAUGUAUUCUACAUUCGUUUGCACACAGUACAAUUCAGCACUUACAACCACAAUAGUUGGUUGUAUAAAGAAUAUAUUAGUAACUUACAUUGGCAUGGUGUUUGGAGGGGACUACAUUUUCAGCUGGACUAACUUCAUUGGCUUAAAUAUCAGCAUUGCUGGCAGUCUGGUGUACUCGUACAUCAUUUUUACAGAGGAGCAAUCGAGCAAAACAAGCGAAGGGACCAGCAAAGUGGAAAUCAAAGGGAAGAUAGCUGUAUGACUUUAAACCAACUGACUGAGCUGUAACCAUGUGAAAACUAGCAACAACAAAUCCACACUUGUGAAGUGCUUGAGGAAUUGUCCUGAAGUGUUGGGGAAAUGGUAACUUGACUCCUCUCCGGGUCAUAGAGCACAUUUAGGAGUUUGAAGUUCAUGGUAUUUCUCUUGCAGAGAUCCGAUUUUUGUAGUUUCUUUUUUUUCAUGACAAAUCGUAAAAGAUGCACAACUAAGAAUAGCGUGUAGUUGGAUGAAAAUUUUUUUUUUUUUCGAACACUAGCUUUAUGGUGACCAUUUCCCUUGAUUUUUAGUUCUGGAAAAACAGUGUUAAAUAUAAAUGCACUUUUAUCUAAUUUAAUUUUGAAUGCCUUUUUAAUUGAUUGGCCUGGUCAAAAUGUUAACAUGACUUUAAAAUAACAUUUAAAAUGAAGUAUAAAUAACCGUCAAUAGGAGUUGACAGUGCAGUGUCACCUAGUGGAUGAAACCAUUAAUGCGCUCCUAUUUUUAACGGGAAUUUCAAUGUUUUCGAGAAUUUGAAAUCUGAAUACUAUGUAAACCCCUAAUCAGUUCACGUUAUUCUACAGUUAUUUUUUUAAAGGCAAAUACUUGUAGAUUAAAGCACUUUUAAGUGCCAAGUGAUCAAUGGAAAAGCUUAACAUGUCUGCGGUAAGGGGUUUUAAAAACUUGUCUAGCCAUUUUUAGUAAAUGUAAUUGCUUUUAAAGAAUUCUUAUUUCUGAUCAGGUUUCAUUUUUCUUCUGCUUGGUCUGUCACUUUUUAAAGCUGAGAGGUGCAAAAACAAUGGUUUGAUUUUAAAAUUCAUGCAGAUUCUUUGUACGUGUGUGUGUGUGUGUGUGUGUGUGUGUAAAUCCAUGUGCUGGAAUCGGAAUGCUGUCUAGUUACUCUAGUAGAUUGUUUGUUUGUUUGUUUGUUUGUUUGUUUUGUAAUAAGUUGAAAGCAGUUCUGAACAAACUGUGCAGCGUUAAGCCCAACCAGACGUGUGACUUCAGCCCUCCCUGGCCAUUCCUGUCCCAGUUUAAUGGGUGUAAUUUAGACCAGGCUUAAAGCUUAAUGGGUUCAAUUCAUUUUGAAGGUGUGCUCACCUUUUCCCAUAUCAUUGGUGAAGAAGGAAGGUUUAAUGGAGCUGAGGGCUUGUCUAGGCUAUUUCUGUCACAGGUUCAUCUUUCCUGGUCUGGUUCCAUUCUGAUUGUGUUUUGUGUAUAAGCUUUUAAUUCUUGUCAUGUUAUGCAAUGAAACCUGACAAAUGCUGCCAUGCUUUUAAAUGGAUUGCUGGGUCACAUAUUUGAUCUCUGUGAAGAUCAUAUAUAUAUAUAUAUAUAUAUAUAUAUAUAUAUAUAUAUAUAUAUAUAUAUAUAUAUAUAUAUAUAGAUAGAUAGAUACUGAAGUGCCUGCUUCAUGCAAACAAAUACAGUUCUUGUUUCUGUGUUGACAAACCUUUCUUUUUAAGGAUACCAAGUUGCUCACAUUUAUACUUUUUAUUGACGAUUUGGGAAUGUGUUGGAGCUAGACCUUUUAAAGAACAAUGUGUUUGAGUUUACAUAUGAAAUCCGCAAAGGCUGCCUGUCUACAAAUGAUUGUAGUUGUGCUAAUUUUAUAAAUGUAUUUGAACCUGUAAUGUACUUCCUCUGUACAUCCCAGGUAUAAAACAGUGAGGUUACUGGACGAACAGCAGAAAGAUUGUAGUAUAAUCCAUUGUUGAAUCAAGAUCCUUGAUCCUUUCUGCACAUCCCCGACAGUACGUUAGUCCACAGAUGUGUGGUUGUGUCACAGUUGCUAUUGCACAUGCCAUGUACCUUUUAUUAUGAUUGGUAUUUUAAGGGGAUGGCAUUAGACAAAUCUUUCUCUGCUUGUUUUAUCUUUAGAAUUGUGAUUUGUGUUUUUGAGUUCUGGAUUAAAUAUUAAAUCUGAUGUGCUUUAACACUAGAGCAGUUUCACAAAUUGGGCAUCCUCAGUCCAUUUCAAAAUCAUCCUAAUACAUAUGGGUUGUAAUUUUGAAGGUAAUUAUCUAGUUUAGAAAUAUGUCAUGUCAUUUAUGGAAUAAGUUGACGGUUUGACACAAACAUGGAACUGAAUGCAACCUUAUGAUAAUUGGCAAUAUACAAAUAUCAUUUUUUUCCCUGAGUUCCAAUCAAGGGGGGAGAUUGCUGCUGUUUUAUUGAUAAGGGUCUGAUAUAAGUACAUAAGUCCUCGAAACAUUUAGCUAUAUUGAUACCAUCACAUCGUGGAUGAUGAAGCCAGUAUGUCUGACAACAUGGUACUUUGAGCAUUUCUACUUCUCAAGGUGGACACAUUAUUUCUAUCUGCAUUACAGUACUAAUUGGUUCACAUGCCACGCCCACAAGCCACUUCAUGAUUAAACUAGUGGUUCCCCACAUUUUUAGUGUGUGAAAUUGUGGAUCUGCCCGCAAGUAGAAUUUACUUGUAAGGACUGCAGGGAAUAUUAUCUGGGGAGGAAAGAAUAGUUUAUUGUUCAUAAAUUGCAUUUUUAAAUGUUUAAUUCCAAACCUACUGUUUUUAUACUAGAUUAUGCUGGUUGAGGGAUGUAUAGUCUGAGGCACAAGUUUAAAAAGUUAACUUUGAAAUAGGAAAACAGUAGCAUUUUUAUCUAUGGUUUGUAUUUUUACACAUGCCACAUUAUGUAUGUAUAUGUACACAAUGGAGCUUUUCAUAUGCAGUUAAAGUAUUUAUUUUAACACUGUACAGUAAAGAUUCUGGGUAUUACAAAUAAUGGCUUGUGUUUUGUAGAGGAUGUGUAUUAAUUGAAAGCCUCGUCACACAAAGUGCCAGAUAUUUUUGUACAUACUGUACAAGAAACAAAUAAAAAAAAAUGUUAACAA